AUGGGUUGCGGGUUGAAGUGGGGUGCCCUUGUGGUUGUCGCGUGGUUGGUGGCUGGGGUGGAUGCGCAGUCCAGCUGUAACAUCGGCUACUACGAUGACGGCUCCGGCACGGGCUCUGGGACGACCAACUGCGUUCGAUGCCCCCACAUGACCACCACGAAUUCUACCGGCAAGACGUCCGUGUAUGAUUGCCUGGAGUAUAAGCCGUUGGUCAGCUACCAGUUUGAGGAUGUGGGUGAUCUGGGCAAGGAUAGUUCUGGGAAUGGAAGACAUGCAACUGUCCCGUCUACAGCACCUGUGUACUCCAUUGGCAGAAGAGGUUCAGAUAAUGAUAUGUAUGGUGGUUUGAGUUAUAUGGGUUCUUCAUAUUUUGAUAUGGAACAGCAUUAUUUCCCACUGUACUAUCCCACCGGCUGCCUCCAGAACAGCUACAACCCGAAUCCUCUCUAUGCGUUCUAUCCUCAACUUGUCGCCAGCAAGGGCUUCCCGGGCAUCAGCCCUGACGUCAAUGGGGCUGCGAGCGCGCCGGUUGCGAGUUGGGACCUUGCGUUUCAGCAGCUUGUUGCCAGUAAUACCUAUGGGACGAUUGUGAGGGUUUGUUAUGACUGUGCCUUGACGCAUUGGCUCAUCUUCUACAAGCGGAUCUUGCCGGUGGAUGCGGACUGGAGUGUCUCCAAGAAUAUGCUUUACAGUUGGGCAAGUGAUAGAAACAAACUGAAUCUUCAUUUCAAACUCUAUGGAUCAGAGGCCGAUUACCUCGCAGACACAAAUGCUUGGACUUCUUGUAAUUAUGAUAGUACUGUUGGUUCAUUCCGUGAUUGUGGCGGGGCUGCAUAUCAAUGGAUUGCAACAAGUGGUACCAAUGCUGCUAAUGCGAACAACAAGAACGCAGUGUUUUAUCUCUUGAAAGACUGCACCCUAUGCUCCGACCAGAAGACCACCGGCGUCACCACCGCCACGGCCAGCUCUCAGUGCACGGCCUUUGACAACUCCCCGCAGUGGUGCCCGGUAGGAUCAUACAGCGCUACGGGAAUGAUUACGAAUCUGGAGGAUUGUGGGUCGACUACAGGGACGAGUGCUUGUUUGUGUGAGCAAUCGACGAUUUACAAGGAUGGUCUCCACAUCCUCAUCAUGCUUCAGAUACCGGCAAAGAAGGAACUGGGUCAUCAUGGAGGCUCUGUCCAUCCCUCGAUUGAACUUCGCUUUGUCCUCAAGACUGACCUCACUCGCACAAAGAGUGAACUGAUCCAGGACUGGGCAUACAUUGUACGAGAUGAAGUCAAUUGUGUUUUCAGAAUUGAGGCCUUCCACGGCAGUCAUCCACUCUGA